AGUUAGAGUCGAUCUUUCAACUGGUUAGGCUCAAUUAUCCAUUCUAUUAUCAAUAUUUUUCAUUCUUAAAGUGUUUUUCCCUACGUUUUAUUGUAAAAAGUAUAAUUUACUUGUAUUUUUUUUUUGAACAACAUGUAAGAGUGGGUCGACCCGUCCCGCCCCGUACUUGCGCGGGUUUUACCCGCCCCAACCCGUCGUAGCAUGGGGCGGGGCAUGGGAAUUGAGGUAUCCGCACCGCCUGCCCGCCCCAUAUUGUCAUCACUAAUUCCCAACACAAAUCCUCUUAUAGUGACAUAUUGAGAACAAUUUGUAGUAUAGCAGAAGUGACAUGUACUCAUACGUGGAAUGUGAGUAAGCUCAUCUCUAUAUCGGAGCCAACAUCAUUUGACAUGGCAAAUCGGCAAUAUUCGAAUAGGACAUUCAAGGUUCCUAGGCCCUAGCCAUACAAAGACCUUCAAGAGUUCCAUCUAGGUAUAGAUUCGCAUUGCACAACUAUACAUUACUCUCUUGACUCUUAAGGAGUGUGUUUCCAGUGAUCUUGCCAACUCAAGGAAAUACUUGUAUGGUUCCAUAUUAGAGAUCAGAACUUGAGAAGGGCGAUGAUGAGGAAGUAGAAGCGGAGGAGGAAACUUGCCCCUGGUGUAACUGUCUCCUCACAAGCGCAGUGUAGAUGCCAUCAUUAUUGUUGAGUAAGAGUUCUUGCAGGGGAGUCAUCAGAUUGAUCUUCUGCAGUAGCUUUUCUCCUUCCCUACACCAGUUUCACUUCGUCUCAUAAUCACCGGUUUAAUCGUUCAAUUUCGUUAACCAUAGCCUAGAAAGAAAGCAAGCGCCAAACCUGCUUAGAUAAGAGGGAAACUCUCUCGGAGCCAGUGGAGGAAAUUGAUUUGGCUGUCCAAUCCAAGUGCUGCUUCUUCCCCAUCUCCCCCGCCGGACAGCACAAAGCUCAGUGGCCGCCAACCAACAAAAUUCUUCUGUAUCCCGCCACCCAAGUGGUUUUGCGCCGGGAAUCCCCUGCUAUAUUACGGAACAGUGCUAUAGUUUGAUAAUUAUAGGGCCACGUUUGGUACAAAAGUUUGUUAAAAACUAAAACUUUAAGAGAAGGAAGAGAGGACAAAAGGAAAACUGGAAUGAAGGAAGGAGGGGAAGGUAGAUGAAAAUGACGGAAGCUUGGAUUCGAGCAGUCGUUGAAGCCAUCCACUCCACCCCUUCUCAGGCUGUAAUUUAUCUCUCCGGCGGCGCGUCUCAGAGUCUCGGGUUGUUGAUGUCCGUCCCCGGCGCUACCUCUACAGUUCUUGAAGCUCUGGUGCCAUACUCGAGAGUCUCCAUGGUUGAUUUACUCGGAAAGAUUCCUGCAAGUUACUGUAGCCAGCAAACAGCCGAGGAGAUGGCUUUGUUGGCUUACAACCGGGCUCUUAAGCUCUCUUCCCCUGGUGCUCCUGUUGUUGGUGUGGGCUUCACUGGAUCUCUAGCAAGUUCACGUCCAAAACUUGGGGAUCACAGGUUUCAUUUAUCUACAAGAACAUCUAACCAACUUUACGCGUCAACAGUUACAUUGUCAAAGGGAAUACGAACUCGAGAGCAGGAAGAUACAGUUUCAAGUCAAUUCUUGCUGAAGGCCUUAUCAAAAGCAUGCAGAGUUGUCCAGCAAACAACCGGUUCUCCCUUAUCUGAAUCAGACUCAUUGAAUGAACUUGAAAAACAGUUCACAGAAGAUGAAGAGCUACAGCAAGUUAUAGACGGUCAAAUAUGCUUCAAGAUAUACCCAUUCUCAGAUCCGCCAAAUGCUGAGAGGAAGAUCAUACUUCCUGGUUCUUUUAACCCUUUGCAUGAUGGUCACCUCAAGCUUCUGGAGGUCGCUACUAGCCUUUGUGGCAAUGGCUAUCCGUGCUUUGAAAUAUCAGCGAUAAAUGCAGACAAACCUCCCCUUACCGUUUCCCAAAUCAAAGAUCGGGUGAAGCAGUUUGAAAGAGUUGGCAAAACUGUAAUCAUUUCAAACCAGCCCUAUUUUUAUAAGAAGGCUGAGCUCUUCCCUGGCAGUGCUUUCGUCAUUGGUGCCGAUACAGCAGCAAGGUUGAUAAACCCCAAGUAUUACGAUGGAAGCUAUGAAAAGAUGCUUGAGAUCCUUGGAGCAUGCAAAGCAAGAGGAUGCACUUUUCUUGUGGGUGGUCGAAGCACCGAUGGUGUUUUCAAGGUUCUCGAGGACUUGGAGAUCCCGGAGGAUUUGAAGGACAUGUUUGUGCCGAUACCAGCUGAGAUGUUCCGCAUGGAUAUUUCGUCCACUGAAAUAAGGAGGAGUCGAGGGAUGAUGUGAAGAACUUGAUGCAGAUGCAACUCCACAUGUCUUCUGCAGUUUGCAGUAAUAAAAGUUUUUGUCCAUGCCCUUUCGUUGUACAGGUAGUUUUCGAGUUUGGAUUUCGGGUCCUCUAGUAAAAGUGCACACAGUGAUGAGAUGAGUUCAGAUUUGUAAGCUAUGCAGCUUUCACCCUUGCUACUGAGAAUUCAAGCCCUCAAAUGGGUACGGAGUUGUUUGAUUAAGGAAAUGGCUACCCCGUGUUGCAGCUGACGAAAAUGACAGCAUGUUGCAAAGUUCAGAAACUCAACCGAGUUCGGUGACAAAAAAGGAACAUAGCUUAAAUUGUAAAGAUAUGUGGCAUUGAAAUAGGUCUACCAACAUUUCAACUUGCAGCUGACGAUGUAUGUGUACUUGAGCAUGGUCAUUGCUUCAAUGUUUUAGUUUUGCAACGGUCGACCUAUGUUAUAGUUGUGCAUGUGUUCGCAAUUUAAGCAACUUGCUAUCUAGAACUUGAGUUGGAUGAGCAUAUGUAAUGUAUGUAUGAUUUAACCUAGGCUACCGUACAUCUACUAAAUCCAGCGUGAAAUUAUGGAAAAUGUGCUUAGAUAAUCGACAAUGCACUUUCCUUGUUGAUGGUUGAAUCCCACGGAUUCGGUUUCUAUUGCCAUCCCUAAACACGACACCCUAUACCAAACGCUCUGUCAUAUGAGCAAAUGGUUGACUGAUUUUAAUAUGGCAUAAUUUUUCCAAUUUCUUAGAAACUCUAUCAUAUUGAUCGAACCAGAAAUAUUGAAUACUAGAUUCACACUAGACGAUUUUAAUGGUAUGAGACAGUUGAAUUACGGUUCAACCAUAAAUUUAAUAUAAAUAAUUUAUCAUUAAUUUUUUCAUUACAACUUUCUAUGCGUUCUCACAUUAUUAAUUAUUACAAUCUAAGAGACUUGGUAUCUCCAUUUUUUUGGUAAAUUAAAUAACUUGGUAUCUAGGGGUCGUAUGGAAGUUGUGAAUGUGUUUGGUGAAAUUGUUACAAUACAUGUAUUGUUUAGAAUGCAUGAUUUUUUUAAUAUUUUUUUAAGCAGAAACAAUACAUGGAUUGUUCCUGUGAUGUGAUAGAAACUAUCACUAAAAACAAGUGACUGUUAUAUCUCAACUUUUAACUUUGAUUGUUGAGAUAGUUGAGUUGAUAUUAUUACCUUAGUUUUAACCAAUACUAAUGUGACAUAUACAUAAAUUACAUAACACAGGGGUCGUUUGGAAGUUGCGAUUGUUUUGUUGAGAUUGUCAUUAUGCAUGUAUUAUUUAUAAUGCAUCGUUUUUUUAGCAGAAACAAUACAUGGAUUGUUUCUGU